AUGGCAUUUUCCAUGAACUUUCUCUCAAAUUUAAUCUUCAUAACGGUUAUCAUACCUCUAUUUCUUCUUCCUCUUAUCUUCCUCUACAUCUACAAUCAACAAACGAAGAAGUAUCAUCCAAUUGGCGGGACAGUUUUUAAUAUGCUUAUCAAUUUCAAGAGAUUACACCAUUACAUGGCUGAUCUCGCCGCAAAGUACAAAACUUUCAGAAUGAUUAGCCCUUUUCGUGGUGAGAUAUAUACAACUGAUCCUGUGAUUGUGGAGUAUAUCCUCAAGACCAAUUUCCAAAACUAUGGCAAGGGAACGCAUGUCCACAACUUGCUAGAAGAUUUUCUAGGUGACGGUAUAUUCACAGUUGAUGGGGCCAAAUGGCAAGAACAGCGGAAGUUAUCGAGCCAUGAGUUCUCUACGAAAGUUCUGAGAGACUUUAGCGGUGUAACCUUCAGAAAAAACGCAGUAAAACUAGGCAACAUAUUUUUAGAAGCAGCAAAGAGUAAUCAAGUCGUUGAUAUAAACGACUUGUUCAUGAAAGCAACAGCGGAUUCAAUAUUUAAAGUUGCUUUUGGAGUUGAUCUUGACAACUUGAGUGGAUCAAAUGAAGAAGGUGUUAGAUUCAGCCGUGCAUUCGACGAUGCAAAUGAGUUGACUUACAAUAGAAUAGUUGACAUAACCUGGAAGAUCAAGAAGUAUUUUAAUAUCGGAUCGGAAGCAGAGCUGAAGAAAAAUCUCAAAGUGGUUGAUGAGUUUGUUUAUAAGGUGAUCCGGACCAAGAGUGAACAAAUGAGCAAGCCAAAGGAUAAUUAUUUAGUCACGAAAGAAGAUAUUUUAUCAAGGUUUAUGCAGAUGGAAAAUAGAGAUCCAAAGUACUUUCGAGAUAUAAUAAUGAACUAUGUACUUGCUGGAAAAGAUCCUAUAGCGGCUACUAUGACUUGGUUCAUUUACAUGCUUUGCAAACAUCCUCAAGUUCAAGAUAAGGUUGCGAACGAUAUCAAAGAAGCAAUCUACAUAAAAGAAGAGGUCACAAACGUUGCGAAUUUUGAGGCCCGUUUGAGUGAGGAUGCACUUGAGAAGAUGCAAUAUCUUCAAGCAACUUUGGCAGAAACGAUAAGACUAUAUCCUGCGUUACCACUGGAUUUAAAGAUAUGCUUUUCCAGUGACGUUCUACCAGAUGGUUGUAUUGUGAAGAAGGGAGAUAUGGUCGCUUACAUGCCAUAUGCAAUGGGGAGGAUGAAGUUCAUAUGGGGUGAUGACGCACAAGAAUUCAAACCAGAACGAUGGCUCGAUGCUAAUGGUUGCUUUCAUUCAAAGAGCCCUUUUAAAUUUACAGCUUUUCAGGCUGGACCACGGAGUUGUUUGGGUCGAGAAUUUGCAUACAGGCAAAUGAAGAUAUUUUCUUCUAUCUUGUUAGGUUGCUUUGCGUUUAAGUUGAGUAACGCAAACGAAGACCCAAAAUAUAGAACCACAAUUAAUAUUCAACUCGAUGGUCCAUUGAACAUUUAUGUUUCUCCAAGGUCCGGAUUACACAAUCCUUGAACAUAACAUGUUAUACUUCUGCGUAUAUCAUAUGUUGUUAUAUAAAGCAAAGCAAAUGCCUAUAUGAAAUAAAAUCAUGUGUAAUAAUUAAUAAACAAAUGGGUGUUCCUCUGUUUUAUAUAGUUCUAUAACAGUGUUGUAAUUAAGGACUAAGUACUAAUAAUAUAAUGAUAAAUAUAUUGCUUCGGUUAUAGCG